UUGUUGCCGCGGAGUUACCAGCGAGCUGCGCCUUUAACAUGGGAAGGUUGAUUACGUGUGGGGGAGACUGGGACUGACCAGCUGUGCUUCCGGGAGCCACCGCCUUCUUGAGGACAGAGGUGCCCUCGGUUCUUUGAUAUGGUACCUGAAUUGGGGCGCGUCUCCAGCUCAGGAUCUUGAUUGCGGCAGGUUUUUCUGCUCUAGGUCUAGUCUCCAGGAGGCCCUGCUCCCCAGCUGUACCAGGGACAGAGAAAUGCUCAGAAGCAAGGUGGUGCCGGGUAGGGGGCAUUCGCAUUGGCAUCUCCAGACACGGCCAGCUGCCCAGAGGCCAUUCUGCUGCAGCUGGAGCCUUGGUCUCGGGAGGAAUUUGUCCAUUCUCUGUCCCAUCCCUGUCAGUGUAUCUGUGUGGAGAGAAUGGACAACGGGGAAGCAGAGGAUAGGACUAUCCUUUGAACCGGGUUGUUCUGGGAAUCGAGGCCCACGUUGCUCUGCUAGCCCUGCAGGGCCAGGACUCUGCCCUUUUCCAGAAGGGGAGCCCCGAGGACGACUGCACGUGGUGCAAGACUGAAAGCCAAGAUCCUGGGACUGAUGUUCAAAGAUGCGUCCAUGGACUUUACUCAGGAGGAACGGGAAUGUCUGGAUUCUGAUCAGAGAGAUUUGUACAGAAAUGUGAUUUUGGAAAAUUAUAACAAGCUGAUAUCAGUCGGAGCAAGGAAAAGAGGCCUGGAUGAUUGGCUGAGAGCUGACAAGGGCCUUGCUUCCAGCUCUAUCCUGAGAGGUGGACAUUGGGCAGAAAGCCCCAUACUUCACCAGAACCUGGAUGGUUUUGAGAAACUCGCAGAACAGUCUCCCAAGGUCUGACAUAUAGAGGCAAAUGGGAGAUAG